CACCAGAACCAAGGACAACACAGCACGAUGGAAGACGUAGAUAGAGCCACCUCCCGCUUGUGGAGAACCUUCAAGACCGUCAAGUAAAUGGUCAGGGACAAAGGCUACUUCAUCACAGACGAUGAAAUUAACAUGUCGUUGGAGGAGUUCCGGGCCAAGAUCUGCCCCAUGGGCGACGCCCAGAGAAAGUUGAUGUGUUUUCAGGCCCAGCCCACUGCUGAGGCAGCCGAGAAAUUUCCUGAAAUGGGCUCAUUGUGGGUAGAGUUUUGUGACGAGGCGUCGGUGGGUAUCAAAACCAUGAGAAACUUCUGUAUUCACAUCAGCGAGAAGAACUUCAGCACAGGCAUUUUUAUCUACCAAAAUUCCAUAACACCAAGUGCAAACAAAUUGAUCCCGACGGUGUCCCCUGCCACAAUCGAGGUGUUCCAAGAGAGCGACUUGAUUGUCAACAUCACGCACCACGAGUUGGUGCCCAAACACAUCCGCUUGUCAAAGCCAGAGAAAAAGGAGUUGUUGGAGAGAUAUAGAUUGAAGGAGUCACAGUUGCCUAGAAUUCAGAGGGAAGAUCCUGUUGCUCGCUAUUUGGGUUUGAAGAGAGGAGAUGUGGUGAAGAUCAUCAGGAGAUCUGAGACGUCAGGUCGUUAUGCAUCGUACAGAAUUUGUUUGUAAAAAAAGACACUAUGUAAUAUAGCAGAAAGAAAAAAAUCAAAGGGAAUAUUUUUUGCAGCAA